ACGCCCCAGUAUUUAGCAGCGCACCGAUCGGUCAAGCUACGAGAUCUUGCUGAAUUUAGUUGAACAAAAAUGGCGUCAGCGGCCGUCUGCUCCACUAAGCAGGAGGAGCUGAAGAAGCAGCAGGGUAGCGAGCUCAAGAUCGGAGAGGUCCACGACGUGCAGGAGCUGCAGAGGGCGUGCGUGGACAACGUGCCGGAGCGGUACGUCCGGGAGGGCGACGACCGGCCGGGCGGCGCCAACGUGUGCGAGCAAGCGCACAUCCCGGUGAUCGACCUUGGCGAGCUGCGGCGCGGCGGCGGGGACGAGCUGGGCAGGCUCAGGCUCGCCUGCGAGGACUGGGGCUUCUUCCAGGUCGUGAACCACGGCAUCGAGGGGACGCUGCUGGACGAGAUGGCGAAGGUGGCGAGGGAGUUCUUCGCGCUGCCGCUGGAGGAGAAGCAGAGGUACCCGAUGGCGCCGGGCGGCAUCCAGGGCUACGGCCACGCCUUCGUCUUCUCCGACGACCAGAAGCUCGACUGGUGCAACAUGCUGGCGCUCGGCGUGUCGCCGCCCUCCAUCCGGCAGCCCGCGCUCUGGCCGACGACGCCGGCCGCCUUCACCGACACGCUCGUGAGGUACUCCGCCAAGGUCAGGGAGCUCUGCGUCGUGCUCCUGGCGCACGUCGCCGAGACGCUCGGCAUGCCCUCCGGCACGUUCGAGGGCAUGUUCGGCGGCGAGGCGGCGGUGCAGGCCGUGCGGAUGAACUUCUACCCGCCGUGCCCGCGGCCGGAGCUGGUGCUGGGGCUCAGCGCGCACUCCGACGGGAGCGCCGUGACCGUGCUCCAGCAGGACGCCGGCCGCGUGGGGCUGCAGGUGCGCAGGGGCGACGCGUGGGUGCCUGUCCACCCCGUCCCGCACGCGCUCGUCAUCAACCUCGGCGACUCACUUGAGGUGCUCACCAACGGCAGGUACAAGAGCGUCGAGCACAGAGCGGUAACCAACGGCGAGCAGGACCGGCUGUCCGUCGUCACGUUCUACGCGCCGGCCUACGACGUCGAGAUGGGUCCGUUGCCGGAGCUCCUCGACGACGGGGAGCCAUGCCGGUAUCGGAGGUUCAAUCACGGCGAGUACAGCCGGCACUUCGGCACUUUAACACAACGCUCUCGUUCCCCUCUCUACACAGUAAAAGGCGACCGGGAGGCGACCCUCGUUCCGCCGGCGAUUCCGCCGCCCUCCUCCUUCUCGUCGGCCUUGGGGCCGUCGGAAGGGGGUGGGGGGUUGAAUCGCCGGGCGGAUCUGUGUGCUCGUAGUCUAGGUCAGGCUAGGUAG